AUGGAGAAGCUAAUGCACCUAAAGAACACACAAUUGCUCAUGGGAAGGUCACUCCUUCCAACGCGAUCUGGAUCUUGUUCUUAUUUGCUGUCAAGGACAAAGUAG